GUCCCUCCCCGCCCCGCAGCCGCCGGAGCCGGAGCCGCCGCGGCCGGAGCCUGAUGCCGGGAGCUCGGCGCUGAGCGGGGGGCUCGGGCCCGGAGAUGGGGAUUCUCAGCAUCACGGACCAGCCUCCUCUGGUCCAAGCCAUCUUCAACCGUGAUCUAGAGGAGGUGAGGUCAUUGCUGAACCAGAAAGAGAAUAUCAAUAUAUUGGACCAAGAACGACGAACCCCACUGCAUGCUGCUGCCUACUUAGGAGAUGUCCCAAUCAUUGAGCUCCUAAUACUGUCAGGUGCUAACGUAAAUGCAAAGGACACUGUGUGGCUAACCCCGCUGCAUCGCGCCGCAGCUUCCCGCAAUGAGAAGGCACUUAACCUCCUCCUGAAGCACUCAGCGGACGUCAACGCCCGCGAUAAGUUCUGGCAAACGCCGCUCCACGUCGCUGCUGCCAACAGAGCCACCAAGUGCGCGGAGGCCAUCAUCCCCCUGCUGAGCAGUGUCAACGUGGCGGAUCGCACGGGCCGCACAGCGCUGCACCACGCCGUGCACAGCGGCCACAUCGAGAUGGUGAACUUGCUCUUAAACAAGGGAGCCAGCCUGAGCACGUGUGACAAGAAGGAGCGUCAGCCCAUCCACUGGGCAGCCUUCCUAGGGCAUUUGGAAGUUCUGAAGCUGCUGGUGGCCCGGGGCGCUGACGUCAUGUGUAAGGAUAAGAAGGGUUACACCUUGCUCCACACCGCAGCAGCCAGCGGCCAGGUCGAGGUCGUGAAACAUCUGCUGAGGCUGGGAGUUGAGAUCGAUGAACCCAAUUGCCUUGGGAACACUGCACUUCACAUCGCCUGUUACAUGGGCCAGGACGCCGUGGCCAAUGAACUCGUCAACUACGGCGCCAACGUCAAUCAGCCCAACGAGAAGGGCUUCACCCCUCUGCACUUUGCUGCCGUCUCCACCAAUGGGGCCCUUUGCCUGGAGCUCCUCGUGAACAAUGGCGCUGACGUGAACUUUCAGAGUAAGGAAGGGAAGAGCCCUUUGCAUAUGGCUGCCAUUCACGGACGGUUUACGCGUUCUCAGAUCCUCAUACAGAACGGCAGCGAGAUAGACUGUGCUGACAAAUAUGGCAAUACCCCCCUCCAUGUUGCUGCUAGAUAUGGCCACGAGCUGCUAAUUAGUACUUUGAUGACGAAUGGUGCUGACACUGCAAGGCGUGGAAUCCAUGACAUGUUCCCUCUGCACUUAGCUGUUCUCUUUGGAUUUUCAGACUGUUGUCGUAAGCUACUUUCCUCAGGUCAGCUGUACAGCAUCGUCUCCUCGCUGAGCAACGAGCACGUGCUGUCCGCGGGUUUCGAUAUCAACACGCCUGACAACCUUGGGAGGACGUGCCUCCAUGCUGCUGCUUCUGGAGGGAACGUUGAAUGUCUUAAUUUGCUGUUGAGCAGCGGUGCUGACUUGAGGAGGAGAGAUAAAUUUGGAAGGACUCCACUGCACUACGCAGCUGCCAAUGGCAGCUAUCAGUGUACGGUGACACUGGUCACUGCCGGAGCCAGUAUUAACGAGACGGACUGUAAAGGCUGCACUCCCUUACACUAUGCUGCUGCUUCGGACACGUACAGGAGAGCGGAGACUCAUUCAGGAAACAGCCAUGACACUGACGAGGAGCCACUGAAGGAGUCCAGAGUGAAGGAGGCAUUCUUUUGUUUAGAGUUCUUACUGGAUAACGGUGCGGACGCGUCGCUCCGGGACAAGCAGGGAUACACCGCUGUCCACUAUGCAGCUGCCUAUGGCAACAGACAGAACCUCGAGCUGCUCCUGGAAAUGUCUUUUAACUGCCUGGAGGACGUGGAAAGCACCAUCCCAGUCAGCCCUUUGCACUUAGCUGCCUAUAACGGUCACUGUGAAGCCCUGAAGACACUAGCCGAAACCCUCGUGAACCUUGACGUGCGGGACCACAAAGGGCGGACGGCGCUGUACCUUGCCACGGAGAGGGGCUCCACGGAGUGCGUGGAGGUGCUCACCAGCCACGGCGCUUCCGCCCUCGUGAAGGAGAAGAAGAAGAAGUGGACGCCGCUCCAUGCUGCAGCUGCCUAUGGGAACACAGAUUCCCUACACCUUCUGAUCGACAACGGGGAGCGGGCAGAUCUCACCGAUGUUAUGGACAUCCAUGGCCAAACCCCACUGAUGCUGGCGAUCAUGAACGGCCACGUCGACUGCGUCCAUCUCUUGCUGGAGAAGGGAUCCACAGCAGAUGCAGCAGACAGGAGAGGCAGGACUGCGCUGCAUCGAGGGGCGGUGACGGGGUGUGAGGACUGCCUGGGAGCCCUGCUGGAUCACGAUGCCUUUGUAUUGUGUCGGGAUUUCAAGGGUCGAACCCCGAUCCAUUUUGCGUCGGCGUGUGGGCAUUCAGAAAUCCUGAGGACCUUGCUGCAGGCAGCGCUCUCUACUGACCCUCUGGACUCCGUGGUCGAUUACAGCGGCUACUCACCGAUGCACUGGGCUUCGUACAGCGGACAUGAAGAUUGUCUUGAAUUGUUACUUGAACACAAUCCAUUUGUGUACCUAGAAGGAAACCCCUUUACUCCAUUGCACUGUGCAGUAAUUAACAGCCAGGAAGGCACUGCUGAAAUGCUGGUGGAAGCAUUGGGUGCCAAGAUUGUUAAUAGCAGAGAUGCCAAAGGAAGGACACCCCUUCACGCUGCUGCCUUUGCAGACAACAUCCACGGUUUACAGCUGCUGCUGCGUCACCAGGCUGAGGUAGACACGACUGACCAGUUGGGAAGGACCCCUCUCAUGAUGGCUGCUGAGAACGGGCAGACCGCAGCAGUCGAGUUCCUGCUGUAUAGAGCGAAAGCAGAUUUAACUGUGCUGGACGUCAACAAGAACACAGCUCUUCACCUGGCCUGCAGCAAGGGUCAUGAAAAGUGUGCCUUGUUGAUCCUGGGGGAAACCCAAGACCUUGGCCUUAUCAAUGCAACUAACAGUGCUCUGCAGAUGCCGCUUCAUAUUGCAGCUCGGAAUGGGCUAGCCUCUGUUGUCCAGGCCUUGCUCAGCAGAGGUGCCACUGUACUUGCUGUGGAUGAAGAAGGUCACACCCCAGCCUUGGCUUGCGCCCCCAACAAGGAUGUUGCAGACUGCCUGGCACUUAUCCUCUCCACCAUGAAGCCUUUUCCACCUAAAGACGCCAUCAGCCCUUUCAGCUUCAACCUCCUCAAGAACUGCGGCAUUGCAGCCAAAACAGCGGCCUGCGGGGCCCUGCCCAACGGCAGCACGUGCCCGUACACCACGGACCGGCACAAUGCUAUCGGCUUAGACGGCUGUUACUCGGAGUAGCUUAAACCAUGGGUAUCUAAUAUCUUAUUCUAUUUAUUUAGAAAUUCUAUAAAUAUAGGGCACUUUAAAGGAGAACAAGACUGGACAGGCCUUCACACAGGGCUUGGCAACCGAUGUUAGAGCUUCCUCUUCUGCCUAGGCCCUCACUCGGUUGCCAGCAGCUAAUUGACUUAAUGAGCAGCUGGCAAAGAGCCUUUCCUCUCCCCGUGUUCCGUGCAGGCGAACCCCUCCUGGAGCCCCGGCUGGGAAAAGCAGCCCCGCUGCAUUAGCACAGCUGGUCCCAGGCACGGGCCAGGGAAUGUUUCAGGUUUUCUGAAAAAGGGACUUUCUGAUUUCUAACUUCCGGUUUCUCCCCGUUGGGAAGCUCCUUAGGAGGGCAGCCCUGCUUGGUUCUUCUGCAGUGCACUCCUCCCGUCACCACACCCAAACCGUCUCUUGGUGACCGCCGAGCUCUGAGGCGGCAGCGAUCAAUCAGCCGUAGAGGGCUGCUCAUUGCUAGGAGGGCUUCUCCACCACUAGGAAUUGGAUUGCCAAUUCCUUUCGCCCAGUAGCUGGGAAGAACGUUUGGUCCCUCCCAGCCCUGAGGUUGGAUUGACUUUGGAGCCAGUUUUGUUUCAAAUCCUCCACCUGGAACUUCCCUUUCUGCCUCUAACCCUCCGCUUUCCUUUCAGUUCCCCUCCCGUGCGCCCGACUCUGCAGCGUGCCGGCUCUGUUCAUUCCACAGUUGCCCCGUCUGGCCAGAAAGCGGAAACUUGAACUUGGUGGGAGGGGAUUAGACAAGCGAGCGACUGCUCAGUGGUGGGCAUUAGCACCUGGGCAAGUGCCACUGUAACUGCUCCUUCAUCUGAAUCGUUUUGUUUUCAUGCUCAUCCUUUGAUUCCAAUAAGAACACUUGAAUCCCGAACUACUGUACCCAGGAUAUUGAGAUAACCUCUGGCAGCUCUCACUCCUUCAUAUGCAAAAACGGGUGCUACUGUCCAUCCGCCGCGGUCUGCUCCGAGCCCCACGUUUGCACUGCUGGAAUAUUCCCUCCCCACACCAGGCACUUUAGGGAUUCUAAUUUUUUUCUUCUUUGGAUCCUGAGAGGCGAUUCCUUCUUAAGUUUUGUUCCUCUCCGUAUUGCGCGGCCAUUCCCAUGUGAGAGUACGUCAGUGUUGCUUUUUAACAUUUAUUUAUAACGAAAUGAGCUUUUACGUUUUAAAAAAAAACACACACAAAAAAAUUCUGAAAGUUUUAACCUUUUAAGGAAAAAAAUGCACUUCAAAGUCCUCAUUCACAACCCUAAGUCUGUAUUUAUUUUUCUAACGUGGCAUCUUGGCAGGUUUUAUUAGCGUGUGUGUAUGUGGGAUUGGUGUUUUCAUUUUAGUGUUGUUGGUUUUUUUUUAUUUUAAAAAUCCUAUUUAUAAUGCAUGUUUUAAACAUUCAAGAAUGUGCACUACUUUUUUUUUUAAUUACUGUAACAGUAUCGUGCAAAAAAAAAAAAAAAAACCCCACAAAAAACCUUUCACCAUAUCGCAAGUCUGUUUGAAGCCAAAGACUGGGAUGUUAGCGAUCAGAGCGGGUCAACAGGGCAAAAACAUUUGAUGUACGAUCUUUUCCACUGAUUCUCUUUCCUUUUGCAGCCCUGGGGGUGGGAUAACCUCCUGGUUCUCAGACUAUAGUCAGUGACGCGUGCACGCGUUGAAAGAAAUAUUUUGAGAACCAAGCCUUGGGCUGGGGCCAGGGGGACGUCCAGGAACGGAUCUCUCUCCUUUUCAUUCAGCAGAGCAUCGGCGCUAGUCACUUUCUCUUCUUGGUCAGUAAGACUGUUACAGGAAAUGGGUGAGCCGUAAGUGUUGGCUGUCCUGCCUAAGUUACAUCUAUUACAAAAAUCAGCAUUUCUUGGAUCAAAAUAGCAUAUUUUUAAAUGAAGGUGAAUUCUGGUUUUCUUUUUGGUUUUUUUUUUUUUGGCCAGACAUUUACGUUACGUGAAAUGGGCAUUGCAACGAAUUGCUGUUUCCCGCAGGCAAUGACAGACCGCCCCCUUUCCAAAAGAGCACCAAAUAGGGAGCGGAGAGACGGGAUGCUGGCCGUAGCUGCAUGCUGGCAGCCGGCAGAGAGAGGUGCUUUAUCCGGGCAGGAGUAGAGUCUGGAAUAGCGAGCAGCUCCUGUUGCACUGUUAGUUUCUUUUACCAAAGUUUAACUCUUAGAACCAAAUGUGAAGUUACAGUCUUGGCCUUUGGGUGGUCAGCGCAUCUUCCUUUCAUUUCACGGAAGGGUUUCACCCGGAGAGUAGCAGAGACUUGGGUGGCAUUUCUGUUUGUUUUUCCUCUUGAAAGUCGUCUUUUUUUAUCCUCACUGCACCAGCUGAGCUUGGUCUCCCUUAGCGUUACCAUCCGACACUCCAGCUCAGCAAAACUCUUGAAACAGGGACUGCCGAGGGAACGCUCCGUGUGUAGAAAGUAGCCAGUUCUGGUCUUCAGAGAGGGCCUAAAAUCCUCCGAUGGGGAAGGAAGAAAAGGCAGAGAGCCAGCUUGUUUCCCUCAAUGUCAAUAAAACCUUCCUUGCUGGUGUCUCUGAUAGUCUAGAAAUCCAACGCACAAGAGCAGAGUGAGGAUUUCUCUCCACCCACUGGAUGCUGGACCAUUCUGUGACCAGUCCUUUCUUCCCCUUCUGAAACGUGUUACAAAAGGCUCAGUUCUUAGGUACGUUGCGGCAAGAUCAAUUCCCCCCUCGCCUCCACCCUCAGCACUAAAGUUCUCUACCUUGAUAGCAAGUGUUACCUUUCUACACCGAAUACCUCAGUUCGGAAUCAAACCACACAAAACUUGAAUGAAAGAUCCUCUUGGAAGAUCGUUUUCAGUAUUCUGCAGAGGGAGAACUGGAAAAAAAAACAAACGAAACGACUUGUUUACAUUAUUGUUGAGUUCGGGUACUUGCCUCUUGCAAUGCUUUCUCUUUUCAUUUUUUAAAUACUGAAUUCAGGCACUGCCUAGUUCUCAGCCUUCAAAUAAGCCCCUGUAACAUUUCCUGUAACGGGGCAGGAAUAUGGGUCCAAAGUCAAGAUUUGUCCUCUCUCUCCCCGCCCCUCCCCGGGCAAAUGUCCUUCUCUUGCUGUGCGGCAGCAGGCCUGAGCAUUCAGAAGCGUAUCAGAGCACUACACUGAGAAAGCUGUGCAGGUCUGGAAGCCUUGGCUUCCCUUAUCUUUGUCCUUUUCCUGGGGGUUUGAAGGAACAGUGACAGAAUUGCUGGGGUGAGUCACAGAGACCUGGCACAUUUAGGGCACGGGAGAAUUCCUUUAACAGCUCAGUAGUUUUGAGUGAAAUCCUCGCCCUGUUGAAGUAAAUGGCCAAGUUCCUGUUGACUCCAAGACUUGGGUUUCACCCUCGUGUGCGCAUGUACAGCAGAGGGCAAGACCCACGUCCGUGCAGCACUGGGAUAAUUUUAAUGCCAUCUUACUUUAAUUUUAAUUAAAUAUCACGGGGAGGAUUUCAAAAUCAUUUCAAACAAGGGCAGCUGUUUUCCCCUCUUCCGGGCAAGGGAAUAUCUUAGCAUAGUGUUUGGAGCGUGCUUCUUUUUUUAGUAUAGUGGCAUUAAGCUUUUUUUUUUUUUUUUUAAUUAAGAGGAAAAAAAUGGCCUUUGGUUUGCCUUGUUUUCAUGCUGUAAUGCGUUACCUCUUCACUUGACAUGGUAAAGACUAAACUCUGACAAGACAAUCAAUGUGAUCUCUCUAAGGGCUUCAGCAUGUCUUCGCUCCGCUGCAGCGUACUUUUUAAUUUAAUUUUAUUUGCUCUUAGUACGUUUUUGGGGAUUAUUUUUACUCCUCCCCUUGUGUCUUUUUUUUUAAAUAAUAAUAAUAAUAAUAAUACCGGAGCGGAAAACCAUUCCAGCAGUGCAUCCGCGGGGGGGCUGGGGGGGGUGGAAAUUGGCCAUUUCUACCGCAGGCGCUAGUCUUGUUCUCCUUUAACGCUGUAAUGUAAACAUUUGACAGCACAGCUUGACAAUUUAAGUAAUAAUCAAAGUGUUUGGUAAUAAUGCAUUAUUUUGCUAAACGAGAUUUGUGAUGGUUUCCCUAGUGCAUUGUAAAGAGGGUCGGAGGGAAACUUCCGCUCGUGGGCCCCCCCCCCCGUCCCCCAACUUUGUGUCUCUCGACACCUCAUUGGCAUCGGCAUAAGAACGUUACGUGUUUUGUGUGUGGCGGCAGGGGGGCCUUCUCUAACCCUUCCUGCACACAGACCUUUAUGCCAAAGUCAGACCAUUCCUGCUUGUCGUUCUGUUAGGCUCUGUGCAUAGAUUUGGCGUAGAGUGAACCUUUUCCGCUCCCCCCAGUGCCACUUCAUUUUUAAAAACGAAACGGGUGUGGAAUUGCCCCCUCCCCUCCCAGAAAAGGAAGUUUCUCUCCAAGCCCUCGCUUCACAGCACUUGCUUCAAGCACUUUUGUUAAAACCUGAGAGUCUGGUUUCUCUUUAGUGACCCACAGGAUAGAGAGCAGCGGGGAGGGGGGGCGGGAGGGGCGAGAGAUGAGUGUCUGGGGGGGUUCUAUUUUAAUGUUGAAAGUUUCCGUUUCUAGGGAAUGAAUGAACAAAGGGAAGUUGCUUUUAAAAAAAAAAAAAAACAGCACAAAUGCAUUUCAACUCAAAAGAUGUAUUUGCACUGCCAUUGUUAGACACGCUGCCAGACAGGCAGCUCAACUGAGCCAUAUAACUGCUGACAAACACUGAAUGUAACGUCCUUGACCAGGGCUGUCCUGGGAAGCUAGGAAUUGGCUUUAUUCUCGAUGAGCACUUCCAUGAAUUCAAAAAUAACCUGAGGAGGAUGAUACCGUCGUCACUUUUGUUUAGGUUCCCGAGUCACAGCAGAUUAGAGGCUUCUCUGGUUUUGGUUUUUUCCCCUGUAACAGUCUGAUUUUCUCCCCCUUGUCCUACAAGGAGGGAGAGUGGGUGGUCAGUCCCAGAUCUGCACAUCCCAGCCGCUGAGCUCGGGAGGUAGCACUAAAAACACAGCUCCGAAGGGGAACGAGUAAGCUUUAUUUCCCAGGACGCUCCCAGCGCUUACGUGGCUUCUGUCCGGACAACGGACCUGUGUCGUUUUUCUGAGCGUAUCAGAUUAUAAGUAUUAGUAAAACAAAAAUAAAAAUCAACCUUUUUUUUUUUUUUUUUGGUUAGGUGGGAGCAGCAGGGGUGGGGAACAGCACUGAGAUCUCCCCAAUCUCUUGUCCCACCCCAUCAAAAAAAUAAAAUAAAAUAAAAAGGAUCAACUUCCA